AUGAUGGACGGACAUCACGAUACCACGGGAUUCAAUUGCAAACGAUGCAAUCUUACGGAUUCAGCGGACAACCACAUGGUUGCAUGUGAUAAGUGUCACGAGUGGGAACAUUUUAAAUGUGCCGGCGUAGAUGAGAAAAUCAAGGAUAAACCGUAUUCCUGCCGGAAAUGUUCCGUUCAAGAAAAUUCCACGCUAUUGAAACCAACGGCGGAGAAAAAAGAUGCCUCAAAAGGAGCAAGCAGUAAGGCUGCAUCGAAGCGCAAUAAAAAACCUGUACCGGCUGAUCCUGCACCGAGUGUUACUUCCAGUGUCCGUGCGGCGAUGGAAUUGGAGCUAAAGCUGAUAGAGGAAGAAUGCCAGCUGAGGGAGAAAGAGCUCAAUGAACAGAAAGAGCUACAAAAACUGAAGCUGGAGGAGGAACAGCGACAGCUGGAGGAACAGCGUGAGUUGCUGAAAAAAGAAGCUGCGUUACGUGAACGCAAAUUACAAGAAGCUGCAAUAAUCAAGGCAAAGCAACAGUUAAUUCGGCAGAAAUCAAUCGAAAAAAAGCGUGAACUUAUGCAGCGGCUUGGUUCAAGUAGCAGUCAAAUGGAUGCGGAACUCGGUAGCGCGAAAUUGGUAGAAAAUUGGCUGAAAGGGCUUCCCCCUACAGAUGAAUCCGCUAAUAGCUCGGUGAGCGGCAAUGAACGUAGUCGUCUAGACAGUCUGCUAGUUCCCGAGGACAGGCCAGAAUCUGUAGAACCAACCGUACCGUCUUCAGACGCUGUCGUCUCAACCCCCGCAGCUGUGUUCUCUUCCGCUGCUAGUGCAGACUGUGCCAGUGCAUUUGUUGUACCGCCGAAGCGUAAUGAACAAACAACAGAUGGCACUGUAUAUACUCCCGGCAAAGUCGAACUUCAAUCGGGAAACAAGUUUUAUGUAAGUCCACAGCAAAUCGCAGCGCGUCAAGUGAUCGGAAAAGAUCUGCCAGCAUUCGGCGGUAACCCCGAGGAAUGGCCGGCCUUUAUUAGUUGCUUCGAUCAAACAACAGCUGCUUGUGGGUACACAAAUAUUGAAAAUCUUAAUCGCCUUCAACGAGCGUUAUACGGUCAUGCAAAAGAUACGGUGCGAAAUCAGCUGUUUAUUCCUGAAUGUGUGCCGCACGUCAUCAAAUCGUUGGAGAAAAUGUACGGCAGACCGGAACUUCUAAUUCGUACGCUGUUGGAGAAAAUUCGUGGUCUUCAACCUCCAAAACAUGAAAAGUUAGAAACACUGAUGGAGUUUGGGAUAGCAGUUAGGAAUUUCGUUGGUCAUCUUAAAGCAGCGCGACAGGAUGCACAUCUCACGAAUCCGUCAUUGAUGCAGGAGCUGGUGGAGAAAUUACCGGGGCAACUAAAGCUAGAUUGGGCUAUUUUCAAAAGCCAAUAUCAAACAGUCACACUCACUACUUUUGGCGAGUUUACGGAUAAACUAGUGGAUGCUGCCACGGAAGUAACUUACUACUUGCCGUGUUUCAGAAGGCCACCCAAAAUUGAAAAACAAAAGGUGAAGGAGAAAGUUUUUGUACAAGCGCAUUCAACGGACUCAUCGGCGAAUCGAGAUAGCAAACAGCAGCAUGGCAAAACGUGCGCGAUGUGUAAUCUUCAAGGACAUCGGAUAAUAGAAUGUCAUCGGUUCAAAUCACUUUGCGUAAGCGAAAGGGUAAACGUUAUUCAACAAAAGUCCUGGAAAGGCUGUGCGGUAGAAGGCUGUCGGGAACGCCAUAACACACUUCUCCAUCCUGCGCCGUCUGUGAACGCUUCGGCAAGUCAUGUCGGCAAGGGUGCGCAACAAAUUCCACUGUUCCGUAUCAUUCCAGUAGUGCUUUUCGGUAAAGACCGAUCGCAAACAGUAUUUGCGUUUAUCGACGAAGGAUCUUCAAUUACAUUACUAGAAGAAUCAGUCGCUAACCAGUUGGGAAUCGCAGGAAAACCAGAACCGCUGACACUCCAGUGGACUGGAAACAUGACGCGCGUCGAGCAAAACUCGCAGCAGGUGAAAAUGGAAAUAACAAGUAAACAAAACGAAUUACGGCGAAGAUCAUUUCAUGCUCGUACAGUUAGUUGUUUGGUUCUUCCGUCUCAAUCGAUGUGUUACCGAGAAUUGUCACAACAGUUUCCUCAUCUUCGAGGACUUCCAAUGGAAGAUUAUGAGCUGGUUCAGCCAAAAUUGCUCAUCGGAUUAGACAAUCUGAGCUUAACGGUGCCGCUUAAGCUACGCGAAGGGAAAAAUAGCGAACCAGUAGCAGUCAAAUGCCGACUUGGUUGGAGUAUCUAUGGUUGUGGAUCAUCUAAGUCGAUUCAACGGUCAGUCGUCAAUUUGCACGUCAGUGCAUCUCCAGAUCCAGAUCGGUUGCUGAACGACCAGCUUCGCGAAUACUUCGCAAUCGAGAAUACAGGAAUCGCUAUCCCGAUCGAAAAACUUGAGUCAAAGGAAGACAAUAGAGCGAGGCGAAUUCUUACUGAAACAACGCAUCGCACGGGAAAUCGUUUUGAAACCGGUUUACUUUGGCGGUCUGAAGAGCCGAACUAUCCUGACAGUUUUCCGAUGGCGAUUCGGCGUCUUUUAGCGCUGGAACGUAAAUUACAGAAUGAUCCGGCGAUGAGUAAGCGUGUCAGCAGUCAAAUAGCUGAAUACUUACAAAAGGGGUAUGCCCAUAAGGCCUCCGAAGAAGAACUGCGUGGCAUAGAUGCGAAGCGCAUCUGGUAUUUGCCGCUCGGAAUCGUCAUCAAUCCGAAGAAACCGUCGAAAGUACGUCUUGUUUGGGACGCGUCAGCGAAGGUGGAGGGAGUUUCGUUCAACUCAAGCUUACUAAAAGGACCCGAUCUUCUAACUCCACUUCCAAAAGUUCUCAGUCGUUUCCGUCAGUUUCCGGUGGCCGUCAGCGGAGACAUUAGAGAAAUGUUUCACCAGAUCGAAAUCCGUCAUCCCGAUUCUCAAUCUCAGCGUUUUCUAUGGAGAGAUUCUCCGUCAGAUAAUCCAACGGUGUACAUAAUGGACGUAUGCACGUUUGGUUCGACCUGCUCGCCGACAUCAGCGCAACACGUGAAAAAUACAAACGCUCGAGAGUACGAAGAGAAAUUCCCGCGCGCAUGUGAAGUAAUUUUAAAUAGCCACUACGUGGACGAUCUGCUGGAAAGCUUUCGCACAGUUAAGGAAGCAAUCGAUGUCAUAAACGACGUGAAAACUGUACAUUCGCUGGGCGGGUUCGAGAUAAGAAAUUUUCUGUCCAACAAGGUAGAGGUUUUGCAAGGCAUCGGCGAAAUCUCGGCUAGUGCAACGAAAGAUCUACUACUGGAGCGCGAGAGCACAACAGAAUCUGUCCUGGGUAUGAGAUGGAUUCCGUCAGAAGACAUGUUCACGUAUACGUUCGUUCCCCGAAGUGACUUGCAGUCAAUUCUUGCCGAUGGUUAUAUUCCAACAAAACGCGAAGUGUUAAAGGUGGUUAUGAGCUUGUUUGACCCUUUAGGACUGUUAGCGAUCUUUCUCGUCCAUGGCAAGGUCUUAAUACAGGACUGCUGGGCGGCUGGGUUGGCCUGGGACGAUCCAAUAAAUGAAGAUCUCUGUGAACGUUGGCGACGAUGGACGAAAUUCUUUCCAUCUUUAGACACACUGCGAAUUCCACGUUGUUAUUUUCGAUCUCCAUCGACGGACGAUACAAGUUCCCUUCAGCUUCACGUUUUCGUCGACGCCAGUGAAGUCGCAUGUUCGUGCGUAGCUUAUUUCCGCCUACAGAUCAGAAGCGACAUUCAAAUAGCUUUAGUAGCCGCUAAGACAAAAAUUGCUCCUCUUAAAACGCUCUCUAUCCCGAAGCUGGAACUGAAAGCCGCUGUAUUAGGCGUUCGACUGUUGGAAUUCGUGCAAAACUCACAUUCGUAUUCGAUUAAAGAAAGAUUUCUCUGGAGUGAUUCAUCUACCGUUCUUGUGUGGAUCCAGUCCGACCACCGCCGAUAUCCCAAGUUUGUGGCCGUCCGGGUUGGAGAAAUACUGAUGGCAAGCGACCAGCGCGAAUGGAGAUGGCUGCCUUCCAAGAUGAAUAUUGCCGAUGCGGCCACCAAAUGGAAAUCUGAUCCUGAUCUUGGGCAUACAAGUUCCUGGUUUGCGGGACCGAACUUUCUACGGGAAAAAGAAGAAACCUGGCCUGGACAGCGACGAUUUACAACCACGUUGGCAGAAGUUAAAGCAUCUAUGGUACAUACGACUUUCAAUCCUAUGUUGGAUGUUACUCGUUUUGGUAGUUGGACAAAAUUACUGCGAACAACAGCCUACGUUUUGCGUUUCAUCGGAAACCUGCGCCGGAAGAAAGCUAGAAUUGCUCUGGAGAUGCACAUCUUCACUCAAGAAGAAUUGAAGAAGGCGGAAGAAAUCCUAUGGAAGCUGGCUCAACAAGAAUCGUUUUCGACAGAGGUUCAUGUUCUACGAAGUACACAAGGACCCCCGGAAUCUCGUCAUGCUGUUGUUGCCAAAUCGAGCCCCCUGUACGGUAUGUGGCCCUUUAUGGACGAGAAGGGAGUCGUUCGAAAACGUGGCAGAAUUGACUGGUAUCAUCGCCGUUUCCGACAUGCCAACCGAGAAACCAUCGUUAACGAAAUGCGACAGCGUUUCGAGAUCCCGAGACUACGAGGACUGAUUAAAAGAGUGACGAACAACUGUGUCUGGUGUCGCGUCGCAAAAGCAACGCCAAAACCUCCGCCGAUGGCUUCUCUUCCGGCAAUCCGUUUGACACCAUUCGUAAAACCUUUCUCCUUUGUUGGUCUGGACUACUUCGGGCCAGUGUUGGUAAAAGUCGGUAGAAACCAGGUUAAGCGCUGGGUAGCUUUAUUCACCUGCCUUACCGUGCGAGCAGUGCACCUCGAGGUGGUCUACAGUCUCACAACCGAGGCUUGUAUCAUGGCGGUGAGACGUUUUAUUUCUCGAAGAGGUCCUCCGGCAGAGUUCCAUUCGGAUAACGGAACGUGUUUUGUAGGCACUAACAAUAUCCUGAAAAGGGAAAUCGAGAUGCGCAAUCAAGCUCUUGCAGAAACUUUCACGAAUGCUGAGACAAGGUGGAGAUUCACCCCACCCGCUACGCCACACAUGGGCGGCGUAUGGGAGCGGUUAGUUCGUUCGGUUAAAACGGCGAUCGGUACGUUGUUAGAUGCACCACGCAAACCCGAUGAUGAAACGUUACUCACGAUUCUAUGCGAAGCUGAAAUGAUGAUCAACAGUAGACCUCUCACUUACGUGCCACUAGAAUCUGCGGAACAAGAAGCUCUAACGCCAAAUCACUUCUUGUUAGGAAGCUCGAACGGGAAGAAGAUUCUACCGACAGUGCCAGUAGACCGUGGAGAGACACUCCGUAGCAGCUGGAACCUAGCGCGGCAUUUGUGCGACGAGUUUUGGAAGCGCUGGGUGAAAGAAUACUUGCCAGUGAUUACGCGUCGGUGUAAAUGGUUCGACGAAGUAAAGGAUAUUGCAGUAGGAGACCUAGUUGUGGUGGUGAGCGGAACGGCGAGAAACCAGUGGGUGCGUGGGCGUGUAAUCAAUGUGGUUCCCGGACAGGAUGGCCGUGUUCGUCAAGCUUGGGUUCAAACACCGACAGGUGUACUCAAGCGAGCGGUAGUGAACUUGGCGGUAUUGGAUGUCAUGAAGAAAGGUAAAUCCGAGUCUUCAGAAGAGAACCAUCACCAGGAUUUACGGGCGGGGGAUUGUGACGGUGGACCCUCCGUUACUUCGUCGCUUGGUAACUGCAGCAAGUAA